UUCGGUGAUAACAAUUCAUCUUUGAAUCCGUACCAAAUUACUGAACAAAGAAUUUUAAUCCGAUAUACAUGGCUGUCUGGAGCUGUCAAGUUACACACGUUCCAGUUAUUUUUUUGGCAAUCGUCAGUAGCAAAAGGGAUCUGGAUUUUGUCAAAUUCAACGAUAUCCUUCCACUCAGCGACGUCUUUGAUUAUUGGCGGCAAAUCCGCUACUUUUAGUUCAAUAGUCGCUAUUGCCAAUUUUGUCAAAGUACUGGGAGAGUUUAUUUCAGCAGAGAUGCAAAAAUUUAAUCCGGGCGAAGAUUUUAUUUCAAAUAAAUUUGAGCUCAGUUGCUUCUUUUCUGAACUUAUCUGCAUAUUCCAU